CUGUCUAUUGAUUGGUUCAUUCAGUUUGGACAUCAGUUUGUCUGUAGAGCUAUAAAAGCGACUGACGUUUGGCGCUAAAGACUAAUUCAGUGUUUUAUUUUGAUCCCAAAAGGUUUUUAUUAUCUCUGUGUCCGUACCGCACAAAAUAGCAAACAUGACUGAAACUACAGCUACCACUGCCACCACUACUCCAUCAAAGACGGCUUCGGCCAAAAAGGCUAAGACCGCUGCGGCCAAAAAGCCGAAAGCACCGGCCAGUCACCCACCGGUCGCCGAGAUGGUUGUUGCCGCUGUCAAGACCCUGAAAGAGCGAAACGGUUCAUCAGCUCAGGCCAUCAAGAAGUACAUCGCCGCCAAUUAUAAGGUCGAUGUCGAUCGUCUACAGCCAUUCAUCCGAAAGUACUUGAAGGCCGCUGUCAUCAACGGUACACUGUCGCAGACCAAAGGAAAGGGCGCCAGCGGUUCAUUCAAACUGUCCGCCACCACUAAGGCCGCCAAACCAGCCAAGGCUAAGGCUCCCGCUAAGCCAAAGGCCAGCCCCAAGAAGAAGGCCGCAGCGCCGGCAGCCAAGAAAACCAAGGCUGCAAAGUCGCCAAAGAAAGCUGUAGCCGCCGCCAAACCGAAGGCAGCAAUCAAAGCCAAAUCCCCAAAGGCCAAGAAGACCGUCGAGAAGAAGGCAAAGGCAGUGAAAGCCGCCAAAUCACCGAAAAAGGUGGUGAAGAAGGCAGCAGCCAAACCAAAGGCAGCGGCAGCCAAGAAACCCGCGAAAGCAUCCAAAUAAAUGGAUUUCCAACAAAACAAAAUGAUCACACAUUUUGUGGAUACACACAAACGGCCCUUUUUAGGGCCACUAAAAGUGAUUGAUCCCAAAAGGAUUGACUUAUAAUAUGUUUUUUUCUAAUUGUCUUUCAUUUUCUAUUCAUAUCAUUUUCACUCAUAUUUUUGGUCUAAAAGUAUAUUUUUUUUAAAUUUCAAUCUUUCUAUACAUUAAAGUUAUCGUCU